UGGAAGUGGCCAAGAACACAAUGAGUGGGCUCCCGGGCGCUGCAGCUUAUCCUGGCAUGGCAGAGUCCUCUGAUCCCAAGUACCCUCUGGGUGCCAGGCUCAGGGAGCCUCUCACAGAGAGUCGCUUCCAGCAGCUCUUCGGGGGCGCCAAGCAGGAACCAGAGCUGCCGGCAGAAUCCCUCUUGCCAAGGUUAUGCAGGCUGUGGAGGCUGCGGGCUGAGGCUUGCUCCCGGUCGGGGGCGUGGCGCCUGAUGCUAGCGCGGCUUCCCCCGCUUCGCUGGCUGCCUCUGUACCGCUGGCGGGCCUGGCUGCUCGGGGAUGCCGUGGCCGGAGUGACCGUGGGCGUCGUGCACGUGCCCCAGGGCAUGGCCUUUGCCCUCCUGACCUCGGUACCCCCUGUGUUCGGACUGUACACUUCUUUCUUCCCGGUCCUCAUAUACAGUUUGCUGGGCACCGGGAGACAUUUGUCCACUGGAACCUUUGCAGUCCUCAGCCUCAUGACCGGCUCGGCGGUGGAGCGCCUGGUGCCUGAGCCGCUCGCGGGGAACCUGAGCGCAUCAGAGAGAGAGCUAUUGGACGCUCAGAGAGUCGAGGCGGCGUCGAUCUUGGCCUUCGGGAGUGGGGCGUUGAUGCUGGGGAUGUUCGCGCUGCAGCUGGGUGUCCUGGCCACCUUUCUGUCCGAACCUGUGGUCAAGGCGCUGACCAGUGGGGCCGCCCUGCACGUGCUCGUGUCCCAGCUGCCUAGCCUUUUGGGCUUGUCCCUCCCGCGCCAGAUAGGCUGCUUCUCUCUCUUCAAGACGCUGGCCGCCGUGGUCGCGGCGCUGCCCCGAAGCAGUCCGGCCGAACUGACUAUCUCGGCUCUCAGCUUGGCGCUGCUGGUGCCGGUCAAGGAAUUGAACGUGCGGUUCCGAGACAGGCUGCCCACCCCGAUCCCCGGGGAAGUCGUCAUGGUGCUUCUGGCCACCAUUCUCUGUUUCACCUCUUCUCUGGAUACAAGAUACAAUGUUCAGAUAGUGGGGUUGCUGCCUGGAGGAUUUCCCCAACCCCACUUCCCCAACCUUGCUGAGCUGCCCAGGACUCUGGCCGACUCAUUGCCCAUUGCGCUGGUCACCUUUGCUGUGUCCGCCUCCCUGGCCUCCAUCUACGCAGACAAGUAUAGCUACACCAUUGACUCCAACCAGGAGCUUUUGGCACAUGGUGUCUCCAACCUCAUUUCCUCCCUCUUCUCUUGCUUUCCCAACUCGGCCACGCUGGCCACCACCAGCCUCUUAGUGGACGCAGGUGGGAAUACACAGCUGGCAGGCCUCUUUUCCUGCACGGUGGUCCUGUCUGUGCUGCUAUGGCUCGGGCCCUUCUUCUACUACCUACCCAAGGCUGUCCUAGCUUGCAUCAACAUUGCCAGCAUGCGCCAGAUGUUCUUCCAGAUGCAGGAACUGCCCCAGCUCUGGCACAUCAGCCGCGUGGACUUUGCUGUGUGGAUGGUCACAUGGGUGGCUGUUGUGGCCCUGAAUGUGGACCUAGGCUUGGCUGUGGGCGUGGUCUUCUCCAUGAUGACCGUGGUCUGUCGUACUCAGAGGGUGCAGUGCCUGGCUCUUGGACUCGCUGAAGGAACAGAGCUCUACAGGCCACUCAGGGAGAGCCACAAGCUUCUCCAGGUGCCAGGGCUCUGCAUCCUGAGCUGCCCCACACCUCUCUACUUUGGGACUCGUGGGCAGUUUCGCCGCAGCCUGGAGAGUCACCUGGGGCUUGGAGAAGAAGAGAAGGAUGCUCCAAAGCUGGAGGGCAUACCUGGUACAGUGACUGAGCCUGUCAAAGUGGUGAUCCUAGACUUCGGUGGUGUAACAUUUGCAGAUGCUGCUGGGGCAAGGGAGGUGGCACAGCUUGCCCACCGAUGCCAAAAGGCUGGCAUCCAUCUCCUCCUAGCUCAGUGUAGUGCCUCAGUGCUGGGGACCCUGACUCGGGCGGGCCUCCUGGACCAACUGACCACAGAGCAGCUGUUUGUCAGUGUCCAGGAUGCAGCUGCUCAUGCCCUGGAGAAACUGGAACUCACUGGCCCGAAGAUUUGCACUGUGUGGCUCUGAGCCAGUUGCUGACAGCCCCGAGGCCCCAUCUGUGUGAGGAGGCAUGGCGCCUGC